AUGUCAUUCCUCGGUGGCGCAGAAUGCUCCACGGCGGGAAACCCUCUCACACAAUUCACUAAGCACGUCCAAGAUGACAAGUCGCUCCAACGAGACCGGCUUGUUGGCCGUGGCCCGGGAAUGCAAGAAGGCAUGCGGACGCGGGGUAUGAUGGGCGGACAAGACCAGAUGAUGGACGAUUUCAUGCAGCAACAAGGACAGCAAAUGAACGGGCCUUCGCCGCAACCUUUCGCUAUGGAGCAUAUGCGCCGCGAGUUAGAGAACUUCCAGACCGCUCCGCCUCGCACGGGGUCGCCAGGCUGGGCCGCGGAGUUUGACGGCGGCGAGCAGGCGCGCAUGGAGGCUGCCUUCCCCGGUGCACAGCAAGGGAUGAUGAAUAACGGAUCUGGGUUUACACCUGCGGAGUUUUCCCGCUUCCAGCAGCAGAACAGGAUGGGUAUGCCGCAGACAUCUAGCCCGCAGACCUCGGCCACUCCGCCUUUGAUGGCGGGGUACCAGAGGCCGAUGGGGAUGGGUGGUGGUUACAUGGGGGGCAUGGGUGGCAUGGGAAUGAUGCGGCCUAUGGGCAUGCAGAGUCCGGGGAUGCAGCAGCCAAUGGAGGGGCAGACGCAGGAUAAGGGCAAGGGUCGGAUGGUGGAGUUGGAUGAUGAGAACUGGGAGGCGCAGUUUGCGGAGAUGGAGACGGCCGGUAAUGAGACGCGGACGGAUGAGGAGGCCAACGCGGCCAUGGAGGCGGAGUUGAAUGAGCUCGACAGGUCAGUGCCCAUUUCCGAUGAUGCCUUUGAGUCCGUAUGGGAACGGGCCCAAGCUGAGACUGCGUCGAGCAGAAAACUUGUUGAGGAAGAAGGUGAUUUCGAGGUAACCGAUAGUGUGCAUGUGGGUGAUUUGGGUGACUGGGAGGGUUUCGACAGUCUUAACACUCGGUUCCGCGAUCCCCAGCUUGGCGACUACAUGUUCGAGGAGGACAAUGUUUACCAGUCCGUCAAUAACCCAUUCGAGGAGGGUGUGAAGAUCAUGCGUGAGGGUGGUAACCUGUCGCUGGCGGCUUUGGCUUUCGAGGCUGCUGUCCAGAAGGACCCGCAGCAUGUGCAGGCCUGGACCAUGCUGGGUUCUGCGCAGGCGCAGAACGAGAAGGAGUUACCCGCCAUCCGGGCUCUGGAGCAGGCGCUCAAGAUCGAACCUGGGAACCUGGACGCAUUGAUGGGUCUGGCUGUCUCAUAUACCAACGAGGGCUACGACUCGACUGCCUAUCGCACUCUGGAACGCUGGCUGUCGAACAAGUAUCCAUCAAUCAUUAACCCGAACGAAAUCUCCGGUGAUGCCGACUUGGGCUUCACAGACCGCCAGCUCUUGCACGACCGCGUGACUGAACUCUUCAUUCACGCUGCCCAGCUCUCCCCCUCCGGCGCCCAGAUGGACCCCGACGUGCAAGUCGGCCUGGGCGUCCUCUUCUACUGCGCCGAGGAAUACGAAAAGGCCGUCGACUGCUUCUCCGCCGCAUUAGCAUCCACUGAAUCUGGCUCAACCAAUCAACAGGAACAACUGCAUCUCCUCUGGAACCGCCUUGGCGCCACACUCGCCAACUCAGGCCGCUCCGAGGAAGCAAUCGAAGCCUACGAGCAAGCCCUCACCAUCAACCCCAACUUCGUGCGCGCCCGUUACAAUCUUGGCGUCUCCUGUAUCAACAUCGGCUGCUACCCCGAAGCCGCACAGCACCUCCUCGGCGCAUUGUCCAUGCACCGCGUCGUCGAGGAAGAAGGCCGCGAGCGCGCCAAGGAGAUCAUUGGCAGCGGCGGCAUCCACCCCGACGGCCUGGACGACGAGCGUCUCGAGCGGAUGCUGCACAUCAGCCAGAACCAGAGCACGAAUCUGUACGACACGCUGCGCCGGGUUUUCAGCCAGAUGGGAAGACGUGAUCUGGCAGACCAGGUGGUGUCCGGUAUGGAUGUGAAUAUUUUCCGCAAGGAAUUUGAGUUCUAG